GGGUUUGGAAGUGGGAGAGUGAGAGUUCGUAAGUUCAUGACUUUGGGGUUUGGAAGUGGGAGAGUGAGAGUUUGGAGGGGUUGUUGUAGAAUUUUUUUUUAGCUAUAUAAUAUUUGUAACAUACAAAUUGCAUAUUCAACAACAUUGAGUUUCUCGGUCGUUCUUGUAAGUCGUUGCGUAACUUCUAUGGGUAGUGUAGCAUUCAGUGUGCAAUCAGAGACAGUAGAAUGAGAAUGCGUCGUAGCUGAUAUGGCGUGAUUUCCUUCUAGUCGGUUGCUGACGUGGUUCAUUGAGAUUCAGUCUCUUGUCGUUUACGUUUUGAUAAUUCGUUCAACAUUUUUGUACAACUAUGUUUCUGCGUGCACCUCCAAAAGCGUUAUUAUAGUAGCACAAUUUUUACUUAGUUGUAUGGUUGCGACUGCGAGAAAGUACAAGUUAGUGUUAGGUAUCACCCUUAAAAACGACUAAAAAUAUGAGGGCAGUAACCUUCUCAUCGUCUUCAUAUGAAAAUUAGGCAGCGCCAUCUGUCUCGUGUUGAUUGUUUUUUUUAACAUUUUUGUUAUGGAAUGGAUUUCAGCAUUCUUGCCAUCCGAAAGUCCCCGCGAUAGAACUUCCCCUGGUUUUUCGGCUUAAGAAGUGCUUAUUUCAUAGUCGUGAAUGCUGACCCCUUCGAGGCCAGGUCCUAUCCUGUCCUAUCCUAUCCUAAUCUGAAUAAUCAGAGUUGAGUCAUCUUUCCGUUUUUUUCAAUUUGUCGUGACUGACCUUUGGCUGUUGCGCUAUGGUUUUCUACCUGCUUUAAUUAUAUAACCUUCCCCUUCAACCUACUACUUUCCUACGGUUGGUGUAAUCGGGUGUGAGAAUUGCCUUGUGUUGGUAAGUUCCUUUGCUUUUGUGAAGCAUCGGCAAGGUCUCCCUGCGUGCGGCGUUCAGCUGCAUGUUGGUUCGUGGAUAAGAAAGUGUGUUGGCUUUUUAUUUUCGACAAGGAAGAAUUUCAAAGUUCGCUGUUCUUGGCAGAUACCACCGAUUAAUCCUUAUCCCUCCGAAGGUUAUCGACCACCAUUCAUCUCCUGCAGCGCUCGUCGCUUGUUAGUGUAUCCUUGCUAAGCGUAGUCGACGAAGCCCGCAGUUGCUGCUGCAAUAACAACAAUAACAACCUUUCUCUCCUAGCGCACGUCCACGAAGCGAAUAUUUGAGUCUGGAAGAUUGAUUGUUAUUUGGCUGCUUGUUUGGCAGCGGAGUGGGUAUCAAGUUGCUGUCGUUGUAAUUUUUUUGAAAAUGUUCCUCCGAUGAGAGGAGAAUAGCUGGUCUGCUUGGUGUGCUUUGAUUUACGCGCAUCGGCCUCCAUUAUUUCUUGUAUUUUUCCACAUCCUAGAUCCCUCGUCAAGCUUGCUAAUCUGAAACGCUGAAUUCAUGCAUGAAGCAAGCAAGCAUGUUGUUUGAUUUCUAACUAUUUUUGAGGUACGUGCUACUACUACUAGUAGUACUUAUUCUUACUCGAAGUCGAACCCGCCAUUACAGUUAUUAUAGAUAGAGUGAUACUCCUGAAAGAUGACGUCGUCCAGUGCGAGUCUGGCCGAAUUCGUCGCGGAGUGGGUGGGUUUCUUUGCUGGUAGUUCGUUCGUUCCAGCGACGUCUUCUAGUGGAGGCGGCGGCUUGUUGGGCAACAGCAAGCAGGAUUAUCUGCACAGCGGUUUUUCGUACCACAAUAUGAUGACUCUGUCGGAGCCCGUUGGGUUUUUUCUUUUUUACCUCGUCAGCGCUUUGAUGGGCUUGGCUUUGUUCCUUCUGGACGCGAAUCCGGCGAAUGCUGGCUACGUCACCUCCCACUUCGUCUGGCCUGAAGACUGUCCGCUGGAGGUCUACGAGCUUCUUUACAACCCUUUCGCAGACGCAGUGACCUCGUGGUUUACGCUAGGAUCGUGGAUCUGGCCUAACCGAGCAAAUUUGAAAACGCGAGUAGUCGACUCUGGACGGGGCGAACAAGCGAUCUCAAGAACAGCGGCCUCAGGUGGAAGGAACAAGAGCGGAAGGAGUGACCGCUCUACCGCGUCUGGCGCAAUUACGGCCCAGAACAAGCAUUUGCAUCUGGAACCAAGCACACGAAAGGGAGACAGUACUAUGAUUGAUUACAUGCUAAAGCUGAUGCUGAUCAAUUACAUUUCAGGCAUAUUAUGCUCCUUGUUUUCGCUGAAGACUGUCUUCAUGCAUGAGUGCAACUGGAGGUAAGUCCUCGUACAUGAUGGAUACUUUAAGGAGGAAUGCGAAUUAUGAAUCUUUCGCGAGGAAGAUGCAGAACAGGCGACCGUCCGAAAUGGGGGUGAGCUCUCGGGCCGGCGACUUCCGAGACACUCAUGAUUUCUCUUCAUUCAAUCUCCAAGUAGAACAUCAACAUGCUCCCUCGUCCAAAAAUAUGGUCGUUCUUCACAUGAAUAUAAAAAUUUCGAACCAAAAAUCAGGUGGCCGACGUGGCAGCAACAACGGACCUUACGCGUCGCCAGUAUUCCGAAAUGAUGUAGUUCAUAAAAGUGGUGCUGUGAUAGUCGAGAAAGCGAGGGAUUCCACGACCUACCAGAAGUUGCCAGUCGAGGAAUGCGAAUUCCCCAUGUUUCCGCCACAUAAGUUGGACACUAACAUAUGGUUCAAGCUCAGGGUGGUCUGGGGCUAUCUUAAAAUCACUGCCGCAGCUGUAGUGAAGGAAAACGUACUUACUUUCACAAGUUGUAUAUAGUAUGGUAAUGGUAGCACCUUGAUGCAUUAUAGAUACAAAGGAGCAUAAAUAGAUGCAUACAGAAGGAGAAGCCUGUUGAAAAUGCACACGCGUCUAAACAUAGAAUUAUCAUGUGUUCUAGUUUUAUGGCUUUGCCUUCCUUCAACAAACAACAGCUGUGGCUGAUCCAGUACUUGUUGCGGAUCGAUCCGGGAUACACCUUCUUUAUGCGAUCGAAGCGCACGGGUUUCCAGGCUCUAUUCAUCGAGCAUGCUUACCAAAUGUAUGAGGACUGCUGGAAUAGACCUAUUUGCAGUGCUCCGUCCAACACGGUGACCGUCCUUUACCGAGAGAGGAAAAACCAACCAGCACUGGCACCUUACCUCCCGCUCACAAUGACCGAACGCUCAGUGAAGUGCACCAAUCUGGGGAGCUACAAUUACCUGGGUACGUCUUAUAAAUUUGAUAUAUCGCUUACUUCGUACAACCGCUCAUAUUAGAAGACGCCGACUUGAUGGUUCCAAGCCUGCAAGUCCAGGUGUUUUUACCUCUAGUAGUACUUGGCACUUUUCUACUUACAAAGAAAUGACUUCUUCUUCUUCUUCUUACUGCAGUAAAAACAAGGCUGUUGGUUCAUUGUACUUGUAGGUUUGGAUUCCAUCAAUCUUGCUCAUUGACCCGCGCUGCUAGGUUUCGGUGGGGUGGACGAAUAUUGCACUCCUUUGGUCGCCAAGUGCAUCCGCGACAUCGGCUUGAGUUCGGGAGGGACACGCGGUAGCCGUUGCGGCACAGUUGAGGUUCACAAGGAACUGGAGCAAAAAGUUGCAAACUUUCUGGACAAGGAGGAUGCCUAUGUGGUUGGCAUGGGUUUCGCUACUAAUUCCACCAUUAUUCCCUGUCUCGUCGAUCCGCAGGGCAACGGCAAAGGCUGUCUUAUCAUCAGCGAUGAACUAAACCACAAAAGCAUCAUCGAAGGCGUCCGCAUGUCUUGGGUCACGGUAAAAGCUUUUCUACACAACGACAUGGUCGAUUUGGAGCAGAAAUUGAAGCAGGCCUGCGACGUGGGACAACCGAACGGGAAACCGUGGAGAAAAAUCAUCGUCAUCGUUGAAGGCAUCUACUCGAUGGAGGGCGACUUCUGCCGGCUUCGCGAAAUCGUGGCUCUCAAAGACAAGUACGGUGCCUACCUCUACCUGGACGAAGCGCACAGCAUCGGAGCUGUUGGUACCUACUUGUUCUAUUUUUCAUCGAACUAAAUGUUUCAUGAUUAUAUAUACUUAUUUACUUAGUUGAUGUGGCAACCGAAAUUUUUACCUUCUACAUACUGGUUUUGAUUCAUUUUCCUCACUUUCUUCCACGUGGCGAUGGCGAUAUUCUAUUUCCAUGGCAUCCAACAUACUUGCACGUCCAGGUUCGACCGGGCGAGGUAUUACGGACUUGUUGAACGUUCCUAGGGAAAAAGUGGAUAUUAUGAUGGGGACCUUUACCAAGAGUUUCGGCAGUGCCGGAGGAUACAUUGCCGCGGAUGCGGGAGUGAUUGCCAAUUUGCGCAAGAACUCCCCGAAUGCGACUUUCGCACCAUCGAUGUCACCGGCAUGCGCUGCGCAAGCUUUAGCCGCCUUCGAACUUCUAGGGACCGAGAGGGGAAAAGAAAAAAUCAAUGGCCUACGAAACAACAGCAACCAUUUCCGAAAAAGACUCGCCGAGAUCGGAUUCUGGGUACCAUACUACUCCUUAUCAAUGAUCUUGUAUUUUUUACACAAGCUAAGUAGUUUUAGAAGUAUCGCAUUUGUAUUUAUUGAGAAUAAGAUGCACCUGAAGUUAUUUUUCUCAAGAAAUCAACAUCAGAGUGUAGCCAGGUGUAGCCCUUGUUUUUGAAUAUCAACUGGAACUGUUGGAUACCAAGAGCAUCGCGAUCGUUUUGUUGCGAUAUUUUCAGGUCCUCGGUGAUGAAGACAGCCCUGUGGUGCCAGUAUUGAUGGAUCAAGAAUCCAUGUGGUAUUUUAGUGUGGACGGGAUGAAGUCUGGCAUUGCUGUUGUGGUCGUGUGUGCACCUGCAACUCCGUAUAUGCUGCCCCGCGCGCGUUUUUGCGUUUCCGCCGCCCACACGCGGACGCAGAUCGACGCGACACUGGAGAAGUUAGAGGCACUUGGGAAGAGACUCGGUAUCCUCUUUCGCAAAAACGAUCCAUGUCUUACCAAUCCUGAUUACUAUGCGUGGCUUCGGGACGCACCUUUGACCGUUCAAAAGUACGCCAAGCAGCCGAAGUUUGAGCCGCUUGCGACCGCAGCGCCUUCUUCUAACACGGCCAGCGCUAGUAGUCCAGUAGCGUUGACUGCGCAGCCUGCAGCUGCACCGAGUAAGGAGAACGAGACGACGAAGUUAUCGAAAAUCAGUGGUGGAGGUGCUGUCGAGCAUCAGGGGGGAGCAACAGCUGUCGCUGUAUUCGAGGCAUCGGGUGAGCCUAGCCUGGCUGUGAUCCACGAAGAGGCUGCGAAGAGAAAGGCGGGUCGCGGGUUCAGCUUCUCCGCCUUCGAUCCGUUGGGCCUGAUCCAGAUGGUACCGAAAAGACUCCCUGACGCCUGCGACGCGUAUCUAACCACACACGGUUUUGGCACUUGCGGCCCUCGAGGCUUCUACGGGACCACCUUGGAGCACUUGGCGCUUGAAAAGGCGCUCGCGACGACCCUGGACACCGAAGCAGCCAUUUUUUACGCACAGGGCGUCAGUGUUGCUUCUUCGGUCCUAGCAAGCCCCAUGCUGGGAGCUAAGGACCUCGUCUUCUGCUUUACAAAGUGCCACUACGGAAUCAAGUCGGGACUCCGGCUUAACGGAAAGUGCACACUAGUCUUCAUCGAAGACAUGCGGGAACUCUCAAAGUGGCUUUCAUCGUGGCGCCAAGUCGAGAGGAUUGAUAAGGAAAAGGUACUGCAUGUCAAUGCUUACUACUUAUGAAGCAGCAUUUUGAUUCUCUGGAGUACUAGUUCUUGUACAUCAGGAAUAACAAGAAGAAGAUUUACAUUGUCACUGUCGUUUUUGCAAUUGAAUCUUCAUCAUGUUCAUGCGGCUGCAUCAUGAUAGUGAAGAAGUAGGUGACAAGAACAACUUUUCAUCAUCAUUUCAGGUCGGUUUCCGUGAUGCGGUGUCCGACAUGCUCUAUGCGGACUUGCCAGACCGAUUUCGUAAGAUGGAGCGCGAAGUUAUUCCCUUGCAGGAGUACAACAAGCGGUUUGUUGUUGCGGAAGGGCUUUAUCAGGCUGACGGUUCCGUUUUGGAUCUCCCCAAACUGAGGGAGCUGAAGAGCUCUUAUCAGCUGUCCCUUAUUGUGGAUGAAUCCCUCUCGCUAGGAGGUCUGGCACCGCGCGGCGUCACAGAAUACUUCUACGGGGCUGGCCGCGGUGCUGCCUCUAGGGCUUGGGAGAGAGCUUCUAGCAUUAGUACUGCGUCGAAACAUUCCGAGAGCGUGCAAGGCGGCGCACGUUCAUGGAGAGAGGACGAUCCCGGUGCGGGUAAAGGUGACCUAGUGUCAUCGUGUGGUUCAGAGGAAGAGAGGCUAACACAACGCCCAGGAGGUGGCGCAGCCGACGCGACUACGUCAGCGAAGAACGAUAGGCAGCUAGUACCAGCGUCAAAGGGUGCUAGGUCAUCUCCGGUACAACGCAGCAGCGCAGUUGUGCCCUCGCAGCCGGUCUUCUUAGAAGAGAGUGAUGCGAGCGUGAUCGACAUCUACUUGGGCUCCCUGGAGUUUGCAGUUGGCAGCAUCGGAGGGUUCUGUGCCGGUGCCUUCCAUGCGGUGCGUGACUUGCGACUAACGAGCAGCGGCUACUGUUUCUCGGCCAGUGCUCCAGGCGUCAGCUGCCUCUGGAGUAGGCAGGUUGUGGAUGAGCUUGCUGAGUGCCGAGCAGGGCUGCUCUCAACGGGCGCAUCAAGGUCAGCAGGUGCUGUCGAGAAAAGUGGCGGCUCCUUGUUGCCAACACGUCAGGGUGGAAGCCGUCUUCCCUCGUUAUCCCGUGCCGAUUCGCCAUCGGUACAGAGGGCUAUGAAAGCGAGAGCAAGAGCCCCAGGAGCGUCAGGCGAAGGCAGUGCCGCGACCUCGCGGCAUUCCUUGUCGCCGCGAAGCGGGGACGGUUCGCGAUGCAACGCGAAAAAUCCUCUAGAUCAACUAGUACCACCGAUUACAACGAAAUUAUGCAGCGCAUCUCUCUCGAGAGAAUCAGCAUCAGCGGAAACGACCUCAACCACAAGUGACAACAACGAGAAUGACGUGCCCUCCUCGUCGGAAGCUGGUCCAAGUGAACUCGGCGGUGACGACGAUGUUGCGUUUGUCAACAAGAACGACGCCGAGGCGGAUGCAGAGCAAGAAGAUGACGAAGACCUUGUUCAGAACCAAAAAACUGGAGUCGUCGCGGACCAGUUAAGCAAGGUGCGGGUUGCUAGUUCAUCCAAGGGCAAUAGUGGCAGUGCUGCUGCCAUGGCGGCAAUGUUAUCCAUGUCUAGUCCUUAUGGUUGGACGCGGGACGGGCCUCUGAAGGAUCGCGUCGCUGCUCUAGAACGCAACGUGAGGCACCUACAGAUCUCAGCACGUCACGUUCUGAGCGAGAAGUACUCAAUUUCCGGAGAGUCGUACAUCCUGCAUCUUCGACCGAAGAUCCUGGUAUCCGCUCCCAAGGGCAGUCCUUUGCCCAAUAGUGCACAAGCCAGCGGGGCAUCUUCUUCCUCAAAUGGCGCUCUUGAUAGCAAUAGAGAAGGGGCUUCAACCACCGGGGAGGAUUACACAACCUCCGAAGGCGAACAGGAGACCAGCGCUCCCUCAGACCGGGAAGGCCUGGUGUCGCGCAGCCAGUCGGGAACCGAAUCGGACGAGCAAGAAGCGCAGAAAAUCGCCACCGGUGUCUCAGGAGAGACGCACACUACAUCGCCAUGUGGAGCAAUGCUGUCGCAAGUCGCGCCUAUUCGCUUCUCCAGGUCACGCGCUGUGUGCGAGAGGACGUACGCGCUUUACUCCAACGCUUUAGAAAAUGUGCAGAAGGAGACAGGACUCGACAUAUAUCAGCGGCCAGAGGUGGAGAAAGCCCUGGAUACGCGCCUUGCCAUCGACACAGAUUGGACGCCAACACUGAGGGUGGCAGUGACGAGUAUGCACACGCUGACAGAAAUCGACGCGAUUAUGCACAAGUUGCGACUCAGUGCUACCUGGUGA